AUGGGGACGCAGUCACAACUGUCCGAGGGGGUGCUGAGCGUGCAAGUUGCGCGCAGCGGCAACCUGUGCACGGUGCCGGAGGGCUACAGGUGGGCGCGGCGGGCAUCCGCGCGCUGCCGGGACUGCCUGUCCGAGGCCAAUCUGUGCGAGCGGCCGCCGCGGCUGCUCAUACACCAGUACCUGAACCACCUGGACCCCGUCGACUGGCGCGGCAACCUCCUCAGCCUCAAAGCCUACCUCCUCACGCAGGACCUCAGCAAGACGGAGCUGAUUCUGUGGGCGGACGACCCGGCCAGCAUCGUGAACAAUGACACACGCCCCUUCUUCGAGGGGUUUGCCUUGAACGUAAGGGUGCGCAAGUUCGACUACGGCGCCGAGGUCAAGGGGACUGUAAUGGAGGGGGACGCCUACUUUGGCUCUGAGGCAGCCAUCAAGGCAUCAGUUCCCGAGGGCAAGCCGGCCUCCUACUCGGACCUCGUGCGCUACAUCCUGCUGCACAACCAUGGCGGCCUCUGGAUUGACGGCGACACGGUACUGAUGCAAGACGUGUACAGCGUGACUGUGGGGGUGGGCUACCAGUUUGCCAUGCGCUGGAUGAACGCGCAUGUGUUCUACAUCAAACAGCGCUCGGCCCUGGCGCAGCGCAUCCUGGCCACCACCAUGACCAUGCCCCUGGACCACCCCAAUCUCAAAGAGGACAUCGUUGACAAGGCACGCCCCAGGACUGGGGGUCCUGUGUGCAGGCCGAACGGCUACUUCACAGUGGUGGACUUUGAGAACCUGAGCGACAUAUGGGCCUUCUGCGUGCUGCGCCUGGUCAUCCGCAAGGACAACAGCGGCGCCCCAGACAACAUCAUGUACGACCAGCCGCUCGGGUGGUGGGACGCGCACUGGCCGGGCUCGCACAACGCCCCUGGCUGCUUCACCAACGAUGCCCCCGUCAAUGACACCUACUUUGAGGAGUACGUUGGCAAGUCGAUGUCGCUGCACACGCGCUACCCGGGCCAUAACGGCCACCAGCCGGUGCCGGGCUCGCCGCUCGGCCGGGUCAUCGACAUCAUUGAUGCAGUGUUCAACACCUGCAGCAGCACCGCCUGCCUGCCUGCUCAUGCGCUCCCUCUGCUGUCCUACUGGCACGCUGACAGUGACCCCAAGGCCUUCCCGCCCGCCAGUGCCUCUGCAGCAAUACAUGAUUCUGUGGGCGUCGGCCGCAGCUCCUCGCCGGCAGGGGCCGGGGGUGUAAAACCGCGCGCUGAGGUGUCCAGCAGGGGGGGUGACGCGAAGGGUGACGGAGGUGUCAGCGCAGACUUAGUGGAUCUACUAGGGUUGAAGGAGAGGGGUAGCGAGAAGAAGGGUGUGGAUGACGUGGAGGAUCCUUCUCUCAGGGAGGAUGAUGUACCUUCUAAAAGGACAGGAACAGGGGCUGCUGCAUUACUGGAUGAGCCAGCAACAGCAGGAAACAGGUCCAAACGUGCUGACCUGUAUGAGCCGGCGCAACAGCGGCACAGGGUGCAGCACCAUAAGAACAAGUGGACUGGGGGCCACAGAAACAAGUGAUGUUUUUGCUGACAGCCCCUUACAGGGCCCCAGCUUGUUGCCGACAAUUCUAUACAGGACCUCAGCUUCGUUUAUUCAUUGUGGCGUUGUUCAGAUCGUGUGCUUUUGAUAUGGCGAUUCUUUUCAUAAAUUUGGACCCUCUUUGUUGACUAUAGUGUGUUGCUGAAUGACACCGGCUGUCGCAUCACAAUUUUGCUUUGAAUCUUAGAUUUGCCUGUACAGCAUGUCGCCGCCACCUGGCAUAUUUGUUUGAUCUGUGUAUGAGCCUAUAUCAUUGAUUAUUUUCUCGCUGCCCGCAAAACAUUACAUAUACUAUACAAUGUGUUUAAUGAAGUAGUACUUUGU